AUGACAACGAUGCUCGUCCAACUGCGCCGCGUGGUGUACCUGUUGGUACUUCUGCAGUGCUGUGCGGUUGUGGCAUAUGCUAAUAAUGCUACACUCAUAGGGGGAACUCACGAGAAGUCUGUUGCUGAUAAAGUUGAUGAUUUGACCUCCAAAAUUUUAGAAACGGCAAGCGAAGGUGAAAGGAUUAUCGCAAUAACAAAUGAUGCAAGGGUAAAGUGCACUGAAGCUGUCAAAGUUGCUGUGAACGACGCUGAGAAGGCUAGUGAGUUUGCGAAGGAGAUUGAAGGAUAUAGUAAGAAUGAUGAUGAUCUAAUGAAGUAUGUGGAUGGUAAAGAGAAAGAAGAGAUGAUGCAGCCGUGGAAGAAAGCUGUAGAUGGUGCCAAUGAUGCAGGAGAGAAGGCAAAGGUUGGAGCCGCUGAAGCAAUCAAAUUAUGUGCAAAGGCACGUGAAGAAGCUACCAAGUCUCAUAGUACAGCUACAUAA